UCAGGAGAUGCUUUAAAAAUGUCGGGGAAAAUUAUAUUUCUGAUACUGCCAGUGGUUUUGAGUGCGACAAAGUUUUGUGCAGAUGAAUCUUGUGGUAGCAGUAGCCAGAGGAUAGGUGCCGGAGUGAUUACAGAGCGGAACUCCCGACCUUUUCAAGUGGCGCUGUAUUCGAGGGUGGGAACGACAGGCGAGCUGGGGUUCUGCGGGGGCGCGCUCAUCGACCAGCAAUGGGUGCUCACCGCCGCCCACUGCUGCUUCCACGGUGGACAGCAGGUUGACAAUGUACAGGCUAUCCUCGGCGGGCACUCCUUGUACGACCGGUACGAGAACGGCCGACGGGUGGUGAACGUAGACUCCAUCACCAUACACCCCGACUGGGACCCAGACACCUUCGCCCACGACCUGGCACUGCUGCAUCUUGCCAACACCGUGCAGAUUACUGAUAUGAUUGAUGUUGUGCGUCUCCCAUACGGCACCAUGAUAGCAGCCAACUUCGCUGGACAGGGUGCGACGGCUUCUGGGUGGGGUAUCGCUGCUGAAGGCGUUACCUUCAUAUCCCCCACGCUUCGACAAUUCUUCAUGACGGUGAUGACGGAUACACUAUGCAACUCUUUGUACGCAAACAUGCUGCCACCCAACACUGUUUGUGGGUUCUCUGUUACUUCUGGCACGUGCAAGGGUGAUAAUGGCGGCCCUUUGACAAUUUUCAACAAUGCUACCGAAGAAACGAUUCUGAUUGGGAUUACGUCGUUCAUUGACCUUAGCGGGUGCAACGUCGGCGUGCCCUCGGUGUUUACGCGGGUGCAGAUGCAUCUGAACUGGAUAAACGAGGUCACUGGAGUACCUUUGUAAAAGGCUCUUUGCGUCAGCGACUAAAUACGACGUUGCUUCGUGAAGCGACUAUUGACACUUUAAGACUGGGUUGCACCGUUCGCGCUAAGUUUGCCGGUCCGUGGAAUGCGCGUCCCCUCCCCAACCGCGAUUAAACGCAAUUAAUGUGUCUUAUUUUACACAAAUACACAAUUUUUAUCAAUAAUAAUAAAUAAAAGAUAAUUUAAAAUAAGUUUCAUAAAGUCAUAGACGCUUCCCUUCGAGUGACGUCAUAUCGCCAGCGGCAAACUUAAAGCGAACGGAUAGCUACAGGUUUAUACGAAACCCUCGGUGCGCGAAUCCGACUCGCACUUGGCCGGUUUUGUUUUAUUAUGUUAUUGUUCAUUUAUCCAGUUUGUGGUGUAAUCUUGUUGGUGAUCCUUUUAAAUAAAAUUAAAA